CGAGCGAGCUCAAGGAGGCGAAUAUGUGAAAGAAUGCGAAAGGGGUGGAGUUCUGCUCUUUUACUUUACAAUCUGUCCAGUGCAGGAGAGAGAUCGCACUGCUGUCAGGAGAGGCACACACUUCCACUCUUCCUUUAGUUUUUGCUGUACAACGAAUUGCUUAACCAAAUCCGCCCUGCGGUUAUUUUGUUUCUUGUAAUGAUACUGAUGUGAUUUUUCGUGAGCAUUUGCGGUCCUCCGACACAGACGUUGAUUCUGUCAUCCCGCUGCGUUACUCGCGCGCACUCGCACCCGUAGCCGGAGAAUUGAGACUUUCAUAAACGCUGCCAGUACCCAGAACCGCCAAACUGUUUGAAGUGGAGAGCUUCCUCCCGUCCCGUGCGUCCAUGGAAGGGGACGUUAUGGAUAAACUGGAGGACAUGGCCUCAGUGUGCGAGUUCGACCCCAUCACGGGGGAUAUCCCCGCCACCAAAGUGGAGAUCACCGUCUCAUGCAGAAACCUGUUAGAUCGAGACACGUUCUCCAAGUCUGAUCCUUUGUGUAUUCUUUACACUCAGGGAACGGAGUCGAAGCAGUGGCGCGAGUUUGGGAGAACUGAAGUCAUUGACAACACCCUGAACCCGGAUUUUGUGAGAAAGUACAUCCUGGACUAUUUCUUUGAGGAGAAGCAGAAUCUUCGCUUUGACAUUUAUGACAUCGACUCCAAAAGUCCAGAUCUGACCAAACACCCCUCCGAUUUCAACGACUUCCUGGGUCAGACCUUCUGCACUCUGGGAGAGAUAGUGGGUUCACCAGGCAGUCGUCUGGAAAAGCCUCUGGGUGGUAUACCUGGAAAGAACUGUGGUAAAAUUAUUCUCACUGCGGAGGAACUAGGAAACUGCAGGGACUGUGCCGCAAUGCAGUUCUGUGCUAAUAAACUGGAUAAGAAAGACUUCUUCGGCCGCUCAGACCCGUUCAUGGUGUUCUACAGAAGUAAUGAGGACGGAACGUUCACAAUCUGCCAUAAAACUGAGGUAGUAAAGAGUACACUGAACCCUGUGUGGCAACCAUUCAACAUCCCUGUCAGAGCACUCUGCAAUGGAGACUAUGACAGGUCAAUUAAAGUGGAGAUAUAUGACUGGGACAGAGAUGGAAGUCAUGAUUUCAUCGGCGAGUUCACCACCAGCUACAGAGAGCUUUCCCGUGGUCAAAGCCAGUUCAACGUAUACGAGGUUGUGAAUUCCAAAAAGAAACUGAAAAAGAGGAGAUACAUCAACUCGGGGACUGUGACAUUGCUUUCGUUCACUGUGGAGGCCGAACACACAUUCCUGGACUACAUCAAAGCAGGCACCCAGAUCCAUUUCACAGUGGCCAUCGAUUUCACUGCUUCCAAUGGGAACCCUUCUCAGUCCACUUCUCUGCACUACAUGAACCCCUAUCAGAUGAACGCGUACGCCAUGGCGCUGAAAGCCGUUGGCGAGAUCAUUCAGGACUACGACAGCGAUAAGAUGUUUCCAGCACUGGGUUUCGGAGCCAAACUUCCUCCUGAUGGCAGGGUUUCCCAUGAAUUUCCCCUGAAUGGGAAUGUAGAUAAUCCAUACUGCAAUGGGAUGGAGGGCAUCCUGGAGGCUUACCACCAGAGUCUAAAGACUGUCCAGCUUUAUGGACCCACCAAUUUUGCUCCAGUUGUCAACCAUGUAGCAAGGUAUGCAGAUGCCGUUCAGGAUGGCUCUCAGUACUUUGUGCUUCUCAUCAUCACAGACGGUGUGAUAUCAGACAUGGCUCAGACCAAAGAAGCCAUUGUCAAUGCGGCUAAGUUACCCAUGUCAAUCAUUAUAGUUGGAGUUGGCCAAGCGGAGUUUGAUGCCAUGGUAGAACUGGAUGGUGAUGACGUGAGAAUAUCCUCCAGAGGAAAGCUGGCAGAGAGAGACAUUGUACAGUUUGUACCAUUUAGAGACUACAUGGACCGGACGGGUAACCAUGUUCUAAGCAUGGCACGGCUUGCCAAGGAUGUCCUGGCUGAGAUCCCGGAACAGUUAAUCUUAUACAUGAAAUCAAGGGGCAUCAAACCCAACCAGACACCGCCGGACUACAGCCCACCUGUGCUCAGCCCGACACCCACCGUAUGAGUUUACCCUGUUGGCUCCAGACUACCGAAGGCAGAAAAUAACUGCUUGAUGUCGCUUUCAAUUUGGAUCUUUCAAAGACAACACAACUCAUUAAGUAUGAGUUUACCUGCUGUUUGGAAGAGCGGGUGGCUUCAGUUCUCCGUUUCUGGGACUCGCACGCUGGAGAAAUGGAAAACCUUAUAUCAGCGUUUUGGCAUUUGUACAGAAAAUACAGUGUUUAUUUGUGUUUUCCCCAUAUUUGGCUAAUAAGCCAAGACUGAAAGAUAUUUAUACAUGUGAAGCUUGAUGUCAUUCAGAUGAAGUGUGACUUGAUGUGAGAGAUCACCAAACGCAAGCACCAAUUCUGAGCUCGUUUAGCAUUUCAACAUUAGCAACUGAAGAAAGGUAGUUCUUGUCUGUCGCAUGUCAGGAUUCUAUGUUUAUUAAGAGAGUAUUAUAUAAGAGAAUAUAAAAAUGUAUCUAUAAUUAUUUUAUAGUCAUCGUAGGGAAGGAUGAAUAGAAAGUGCGAUAGAAUUUUGUGGAGUAUUUGUAAGUGCUUGCUUGAAAUAUUGCACCCGUAUGGGUUAUCUCUGUGUAGUGGACUGGUUUGGUUUUAGAAUUUGCAGGGGGUUGUGUUAUGGUCUUUAAUUUUCCACAGGGAUUUGGGAUUUUUAAUACAAAAAUAAUGUCUCAUUGCAGUUUCCCAUUUAUAGAUUUUUAGAGCUGUGAAGAGAUUUUCUAUUCUAAAGCAUAAAAUCCAUAAAUCAACUGUGCAUUGCAUUCAUAUAUUGUAGUAAUUGUUUUAACAUACUAUAGAUGAAUCAUUUUAAAAAAGUAUUCCAUUGUUUAAAAAAGCUUUUUGGACGCAAGUCUAGAAGCACAAAUAUUUUCUUAAUAGUGUAAUAUUUGUAAACCACGUAAAUCAGACACAGAUUACGGAUUCAGUCAUUACUCAUACUAUACACAGACUGAACUUUCAGGUAUAAACAGCUCUCAAGAAACAAUUUGUAAAUACAUUAACAGAACGCCCUGCAGCCAGUAUAGUGUAUCUUAAUGCUCAACAGCGACUUUUCUGACGCACAAAGCCCAUCAGGGAGAGAAACUCACAGCUCACUGGUAUACAUAUGAGAUGAGACAUCUUUUUUCUCACAUGUGUGACUCAUCUGAUGCCUAUGUCCAACCAUGCUGAACCUUUGACCUCUCAUUCUCUGGAAGUUCAAAACACUUUUCUAUUAUUUACUGUGACAAGAUUUCAAAAGAUGAGAAAUGUGUCCCUUACAGAAAAGACACAUGAAUUUCACACGUUUUUUACAUGUUUUUCGCAUGUGAUCACAUGUAUACAACGUGUUUAACAUGUGCAAAAAACACAUGUGAAAUGUGUGUUUUUGGAACAUUUUGGUGUGAACUCCAUAUGAAUUCCCAUGUGAAACACAUAGGAUAACAUGUAAAAACCCAUGGGAUGACAUGUGCAACAUGUGGUGACGUGAAGAACAUGUGAUCACAUGUGGAGACAUGUCAUACAUGUUAUCCCAUGGGUUUUUUACAUGUUAUCCUAUGUGUUUCACAUGGGAAUUCAUAUGGAAUUCAGACCAAAAUGUUCCAAAAACACACAUUUCACAUGUGAUCACAUGUGUUUUUUGCACAUGUGAAUUUCGUGUGUCUUUUCUGUAAGGGUGUGGCAUGCAAAUGACCCGCAGUGAAAACAAAACUGUAAUAUUCUAUCACUGGGUAAGCACAGCUCAUUUGGUAAACCAAACCACUCUUUUGUAUAUUCACAUUAGGGAAUUAUUUUCCUAUUUCUGAUGAUGACUAAAGCAUAAUUUAGAAAUAGUUGUAUUUGUAACUGUGCUGUGAUAUUGAUUUAGACCUUAAGAGACCUAAAAUAGUCAGAAAAUGUUUUCUGUUUACCUAUAGUACAAGGUUAUUUAGCAUUAGAAACAUCACAAAAGCAUUUACAGCCCAGGUUUGGGGUAUAUUAUUAACCACAGUCAAAACUAUUUUUUAAGGGAUAGUUCACCCAAAAAGAAAAAUUCUGUUAUCAUUUACUCACCUUUGAGUUGUUCCAAAUCUGUAUACAUUUAUUUGUUCUGAUGAACACAGAAAAAUAUAUCUGGAAGAAUGCUUAUAAUCAACCAGUUCUUGAACCCCAUUGACUACCAUAGUAAGAAAAAUCACUUUAUAAUUUUCUUUGUUCUGCUGAACACAAAAGAAGAUAUUUUGAAGAAUGUAGGACAGCAAACAGUUCUGGGGCACUUUUGACCAUUGUCAUUUUUUCUACUACUGAAUGGUAGUCAAUGGUAGCCAGGAACUGUUUGGUUACAAGCAUUCUUCCAAAUAUCUUUCUCUGUGUUCAAUCAAACAAAGAAAAUUAUUCAAGUUGGAACAAUUAGAGAGUGAAUAAUUCAUGACAGAAUUUCAUUUUUGGGUGAACUAUCCCUUUAACAGCAGUGCCAUUUUUGCUUACCCACAGUUUUUUUUUGUCCUAACAGUAAAGUCAACAAUGUUUUGCUUUUAAUGCAACAUACAUAUAUGUGGUUUUUAAACUGCUGCUAAUGAACUGAGUUAAAAGGUAAUUUAAAAAUCUCCAGGGGUUACUGCAAUUAUUUUUUUUACAGAUUUAAGGACUUUUUUCACCAAACAUUAUUUCUAAGCUUUUUAACCCAACUGAAUGGUUGUGUUCGUCUGCAGCGGAUGUAGAAAAUCUGCUCCUAAUUAGAUAGUUUGUUUAAACGUAUCUUUCUCUCUUGACCCGAGUCAUUAGCACAUGCUUGGCUACAGAGAAUGAAGUGAUCCAUCAAUCACUUAAGAGGUGAAGAUUACGUUUUACAGAGGGAGUGCUGGGUAAAGUAUUUGUUUGCAUGUGUUAACAUGUGUAUUGAUUUUAAGGGGUUAUUUACUUUUCAGUAGAAAUUGUAAAUGGCAAGUUAAUCGCUAAUAGCCCAGAAGCUUGGAAAUGUCUUUUGUCUUAAAGAGGCAUUUCAGUGGAACCUUUUUAAAAUCCUAUUUAAUAUUCAUGAAACAUUGCUGAUUGUAAAUCCAGAGAACACGUUACGGGCAGCUUGAAACACAUGUACAGUAUAUCACUAUCCAGAGAAUGGUAAUGGCUUAAUUUUAUGGCAUGGUGUAAAUUUAGUAAAUCAGUAGUCAAUAAAUGAUUGAAAUCAAAAUGAAAAACUGUAUCAUAAAAUGAAGGACAGUGUGUAUAUUUGUUUAAGAUGUGGCCCUCGUCCAGUGCCAACGUUCCCUCUGUGAGAUUUGCAUGAUUGUGCCAAAAUUUCCGUCUUUUGUUCUUAUGGCCUGUUGCUCUGUUUUAAACCUUUGCUGCUUGUCUCAUUCUAACCUUAAUACAGAGCAUGACGCAUCACAUUCUUGCUGGAUUUUCUAUGCUUCUCUCCUUUUUCUCAUCUUAUUUCCCUCUUUAUCUCAGUUGAAAUGCAUGGUGAGCUAUUUCCAGUCCAAACAGAGAACAUUUCUGUUGUCAUUCCCGUGGUGUGUGAAAUUUGUAAUGGAUUGCCUUAAAAAUGACAAUGAAUAAAACAAUGACGACAUUUUUCGAGAAGAUUGGAGAGCGAUUAUUUUUCUGUGCACGACUAUCUUUCUCAUGAAUAAUUCAUCGGUUACAAACUGUAACAGUCUGUUACAAACCGAUGCAGCCUUUAAUGGGAGAGGAGAGAGAUUUUCUCAUUAAUUCUUAUUAGAUGGCUUU